AACAUCCUCCACAACUAUCCCGAAUAUUUCGUAUCAGGUGUCUUAAAUACGCUACUCCAUCAUAAAAAUGCCUAUCCAGCCCUUCAAAAUCGACAUCCCACAAGCCAAGCUUGACCGGCUCAAGGCCAAACUCGCAGUUGUCGAUUUCCCGGACGAGCUUGAAGACGCUGGCUGGGACUACGGCGUGCCGCUCGUAGAUAUCAAGCGGCUUACCAAGUACUGGCAUGAUGAGUUCGAGUGGCGCAAGGCCGAAGUAGAAUUGAACGAGAUGCCCCAAUUUACCACCAACAUCAAAAUCGACGGUUUCGACGCCAUCGACCUUCACUUCGUGCACGUCAAAAGUCCAAAUCCAGGUGCCAUCCCCUUGCUCUUCGCCCACGGAUGGCCAGGGAGUUUCUAUGAAGUGCAGAAACUUCUCCCGCUCCUCCUUGACGGCGGCAAGGACAACCCGUCUUUCGACGUCGUGGCCCCGUCCAUGCCCAACUAUGCCUUCUCCUCCCGGGUCAAACAGCAGGGCUUUGGCGCUCGUCAGGUUGCGCAAGUCUACCAUAAACUCAUGGUCGAUGUACUCGGAUACUCGGAAUUCGUGACACAGGGUGGCGACAUCGGCUACUCCGUAACGCGGUUUAUCGGUUAUCUGUUCCCCGAGAAUUGCAAGGCAAGCCAUUACAACUGCCAGAUAACCGAGGCCCCAAGCGAGUCUCACUUUCCGGAACUCUACAAGAUCGACCAAGAGACACCAUGCACCGAGGCUGAAAUCAAAGGCUUCGAGCGCACGAAGUGGUUCGAGGAGGAGGGUAGGGGCUAUUGGCAUGAGCACGCCACCAAACCGCAAACUAUCGGGUACAGCUUGACGGAUUCGCCGGUUGGCUUGCUCGCGUGGAUCUAUGAGAAGCUGCACGACUGGACUGACGACUACCCCUGGACGGACUACGAGGUCUGCAAGUGGAUCAGCAUUUACUGGUUCAGCACGCCAGGACCGAUGGCGUCCCUGGGCAUAUACUAUGAUAGCAAGCACACGACGGAUCCCAUGAGGAAGACUAUUGGGACGAUGUACUUGGAGCACGUGAAGAUUGGGGCUACUAAGUUCCCCAAGGAGCUGUUUGUCAAGCCGUCGUUGUGGAACAAGACUUUGGGGGAUCUCGUGCUCAAUAAGGAGAGUGAUAGUGGUGGCCAUUUUGCUGCCCACGAGAAGCCGGAUGUGUUGGCUGGGGAUUUGAGGGAGAUGUUUGGGAAGAAUGGGGGUGCGUAUUCGGUCGUGAAAGGCAAGACAGGAUUCGCGUAG